UGUUGAUGUUGGCACGCGAGAAUACCUUGGAUCUGAAUCAUGGAUGUAGUAACACUCCAAUGAUAAGAUCACAUAUUCAAAUACAAAAACUAGAAGUCUACUCUUCAAUUUGGUCGUUAUUUCGUUGGGACCAUUCUUUCCGUGUGACAAGAGUGUGAUCCAUAAAGCAUUCUUCAACUGUGUAUAUAAUAAAAGAUGAAACGGUUGUAAUACUGUUUUCAGCGCGCAUCACUCAUCUUUUCCCUGUUUCUCUCUCUCUUCGUUGUUCUCUUCUCUCCAGAAGAUGGACCAGUCUCUGCUGAGAGGCGAAAGCAGUGGCCUCAGCUCCCGCCGGCGAGGACCGUUCCGGCGUUCCGACGCUAUAACCUACGGUUCCAACUACGAGAAAGCCGCUGCGCUCAUUGAUCUGGCUGAAGAUGGUGUUGGUCUCCCUGAACAAAUUCUUGAUUCAUCAAACUUCCAAAAUUAUGCAAGAUUUUAUUUUGUAUUCAUUAAAUGCAAUCUCAUAUGGUCUCUUAGUUAUUUUGCUUUGAUAGUCCUGAAUUUCCUGGAGAAACCUCUGUGGUGUAAAAAACUCGCCACACAUUCCUGCAACGAUAGAGAGUAUUUCUAUUUGGGUCAAUUGCCGUAUCUAACUGAUGCAGAAUGUCUUAUUUAUGAGGCAAUAACUCUUCUUGUGCUAAUCAUACAUACUUUCUUCCCAUUGUCAUAUGAAGGAUCUCGUAUAUAUUGGAAAAGUACUUUUAAUCAAUUGAAGGUUUUCUGUCUAUUAGUUCUUGUUGUUGAUACGCUGCUCUAUGCCUUUUACUUGUCUCCACUGGCUUUUGAUUUUCUACCUUUCAGAAUUGCACCUUAUAUCAGAGUGGUUCUUUUUGUUCUGAACAUUAGGGAGCUACGAGAAACCAUCACUAUCUUGUUUGGGAUGCUUGACACAUACUUAAAUGUUUUGGCGCUGGGACUUCUGUUUCUUCUUUUUGCUAGUUGGGUGGCAUAUGUGUUUUUUGAGGAUACAAUACAGGGGAAAACAGUAUUCACUUCAUAUGGUGCUACGUUGUAUCAAAUGUUUCUUUUAUUUACCACAUCCAAUAAUCCAGAUGUUUGGGUUCCUGCAUACAAGUCUUCUCGUUGGUACUGCCUCUUUUUUGUACUGUUUGUGCUGGUGGGGGUUUACUUUGUUACAAACCUUAUCCUUGCCGUUGUCUAUGAUAGUUUCAAGAGUGAGCUUGUGAAACAAGUCUUUGAAAAGGAUCUUCUGAGAAGAACUAUGCUGGAUAAAGCUUUUAAUCUCUUAGAUACACUUAAUAUUGGAGCUCUCAACAAAAAUCAAUGCAUAAGGCUCUUUGAGGAGCUGAACAAGUACAGGACUUUGCCAAAAAUCUCCAGUGAAGAAUUUGAGCUGAUAUUUGAUGAGCUGGAUGAUAGUCAUGAUAUAAAGAUCAACAAGGAUGAAUUUGCUGAUAUUUGCAAUGCAAUUGCUUUAAAAUUUCAGAAGGAAGAUGUUAUGUCUUACUUUGAGUAUUUAGCAUUCUACGAUUGGCCCAGCUCAAAGACAUUGAAAGAAUUUGUAAAGAGUGCUAUGUUUGGAUACAUAGUGUCCUUCAUUCUUAUAGUAAAUCUGGUUGCAGUUAUUAUUGAGACAACGCUUGAUAUAGAAAACAAUUCUGGUCAAAAGGUGUGGCAAGUGGUUGAGUUCAUUUUUGGGUGGAUAUAUGUAGUAGAAAUGCUUUUAAAGGUUUAUGCAUACGGAUUUGAGAACUACUGGCGGGAUGGUCAAAAUCGCUUUGAUUUUGUUAUCACGGUGAUAAUUGUCAUUGGAGAAACUGUAACUUUUGCUGUACCUGAUGAUGCUCUUCCUUUUAUCGCAAAUGGAGAAUGGAUUCGUUACCUUCUUCUAGCAAGAAUGUUGAGAUUAAUAAGACUCCUAAUGCAUGUCAAGAGAUACCGAGCCUUUGUAGCAACUUUCUUGACUCUCAUACCAAGUUUGAUGCCAUACCUAGGGAUCAUAUUUUGUGUCUUAUGCAUUUAUUGUUCGCUUGGUGUUCAGAUUUUUGGUGGAAUUGUUAAUGCUGGAAACCCGGAAUUGGAAUCAACAGCUCUUGCUGAAAAUGACUAUUUGGUUUUCAAUUUCAAUGAUUACCCUAAUGGAAUAGUGACACUUUUCAAUUUUCUUGUCACGGCAACCUGGGAUGAAGUGAUGACGAGUUACACGGAACUAACUGGGACUGCGUGGACUUAUUUGUACUUCAUUAGCUUCUACUUAAUUACUGUUUUGCUGCUUUUGAACUUGGUUAUUGCUUUUGUCUUGGAGGCAUUCUUUGCUGAAAUGGAUCUUGAGUCUUCGGAAAGUUCUGAAGGAACGGACAAGGAUGUUGAAGGAGAUAAAUAUCGAAAACGGUCUAUUGGCACUAAAACACGAAGCCAGAGGGUUGAUACUCUUCUUCAUCAUAUGUUGAGUGCCGAGUUGUGCCAAAAUCAGCCUUCCAAUACAGCAACUUGAUAAAAUCUUUCACUGAAUAUACAAAGAAGCGCACCUCAUUCUGAUCUUUGAUGUGUUUUAUAUCAUUGCUGUACUCUACGAUAGAACCAGAAAGCACGGAAGAAGAUAGAAAGAAUUGCAAACGUGCAGUAAUUUGUAGGUAAGGUAGAACUUGAUUUUCCCUGAUUGGUGGAAAAGGUACUUGAACAAUUUGUUAAUGAGCAUGUGCUGAAGUGUGUGAAUAGGACUAAAUCAUAAUGUAGCCAGAUGCUAUGUUCCAACGGGCUAGAUAUCUGUCUUAUAUGGCAACCUUUUCUUUUUUAAUUUAAUCUACCUGCCUUUGAUUUUUGUAUUUGUAAUAUUUAUACAGGUUUAGUAGGAUUGCAAAUUUGUAUUUAACCGUUCAAGAAAAUAGUACAGCGUGUGCUUGGAUUAGAUUUGACCUUUUUAGAGUGAGAAAGUAAGUGCUUGUUUAUUUCAA